AUGAUAUCUACUGCUUUAUCAAAUCUCGUAAAGGAAGGUUUUGACGUUAAAGCUCUAAGAGCAUUUAGAGUUCUCCGACCUUUAAGAUUAGUAUCAGGAGUUCCAAGUUUGCAGGUAGUCUUGAAUUCAAUUCUAAAGGCCAUGAUACCUUUACUUCAUAUUGCGCUAUUGGUGCUUUUUGUUAUUAUAAUUUACGCUAUAAUUGGACUUGAAUUAUUUUCUGGAAAACUUCACAAGACAUGCAGACAUUCAAAUACAGGAGAGUAUCUAAAUGAUUUGGAUGAAUUACACGCGUGUGGAGUUGGUUUUAAAUGCCCAUCAGGAUAUGAAUGUUUCGACGAUUGGGUUGGACCUAACGAUGGCAUUACUAAUUUUGAUAAUUUCGGAUUAUCAAUGUUGACAGUAUUCCAAUGCAUAACAUUAGAGGGAUGGACUGACGUUUUGUAUAGUAUACAAGAUGCGAUGGGAUCAAGCUGGGAAUGGAUAUAUUUUGUUUCAAUGGUUAUUUUAGGAGCAUUCUUUGUAAUGAACUUAAUUCUUGGCGUUUUAUCUGGAGAAUUUUCAAAAGAACGCACGAAAGCUAAAAAUCGCGGCGAUUUUCAAAAACUUCGAGAAAAGCAGCAAAUAGAAGAAGACUUGCGAGGCUAUUUGGAUUGGAUUACACAGGCGGAAGAUAUUGAACCAGACCCAGAUGCUCAGAUAAUAGAAGAUUGUCACAAAAAUAAAGUAAAAGAGGUAGUUUCAAUUGAUAAUUUAAAAGACCAUGAAAAUGAGACUCAGCAGACAGAUUCAUGGUUUCGAUCACAAAAAAAGUAUUUAGAGCGAAUUAAUCGGCGCAUUCGUCGAGCCUGCAGAAAAGCUGUCAAAUCGCAGGCAUUCUACUGGUUGAUAAUCUUAUUAGUUUUUUUAAACACUGGAGUACUUGCAACCGAACACUACAGGCAGCCUAUAUGGUUGGAUCAAUUUCAAGGUUGGUAUUCGCAUUUGAACGUAAAUGGUGCUACGACCCCCUCUAGAGCCUGCAUUUGCAUUGCUCUAACCUUAGCUUUUUGA